AACCACCACGAGUACGCGACGGCGAUGAACAACGUCGCCACGCUCUACCAGGCGCUCGGCCGGUACGGCGAGGCGGAGCCCCUCCUCGAGCAGGCGAGCAAGAUCCAGCAGCGCACGCUCGGCCACGACCACCCGCACACGGUCGCCUCGCUCUCCAACCUCGCCACCGUGUACGAGGCGAUGGGGCAGUCGGAGCGCGCGAAGGCGAUGCAGUCCCUCGUCGCGCAGAUGAAGCGGACGUGGGAGGAGAAGCAGCGCAAGAGAAAGUGA